AUGGUCAAAAGCGAGAGGACAGGAAACCAUCAGUGGCUGCUGUUCCGGGUGCUGCUGUUGAGUAUCUACCGCCUCCCUGAAUGGAGAGCAUGUUUCAGACGUGACCAAAGGCUGAGAGGAGGCAGAAAUGCACAGGGCUUAUUUGGAGAGAAAUGGGCUGGUGUGGUUGGCAUUGAGAGAACUCUGGUGGCCGAGGAGCUUAAUCUCAACUGGGGAGCGAAGAGCCGCUGGCGGCCGCGGAUCUCACAGCCGCUCGGGGUUUUUAGAACUUCAACUAUAAAAAUAGGCAGGAUUUUCCUUGAUCAUAUCGGUGGUACCCGUCUGUUUUCCUGUGCAAACUGUGAUACGAUCCGCUCAGAACUCAUCUCUGCUCGAAUCACUGCAGCCACUGACAGAGCAUUUCUUUUUAACAAGGUAGUUAACCUGCAGUGCAGUGAAGUUCAAGACCGGGACAUGCUCACUGGCCGCCACGUGGUUCGAGAUGUGAGCUGCAGAAAUUGCAAUAGCAAACUGGGGUGGAUCCAUGAGUUUGCCACUGAAGACAGCCAGCGUUAUAAGGAAGGCCGUGUGAUCCUGGAACGUGCUCUAGUUCGAGAAAGUGAGGGCUUUGAGGAGCAUGUACCAUCUGAUAACUCUCGAAGAAAAAAAGAUAAAUCCAUCUUUUCACUGAGAACAAAAAUCUGCUUACCUACACUGUCACCUUAG